ACGAAAAUUGACAAUACCAUCGACCACUGACGUUUCUUGGAUCCGUCGACUAGGAGCUGAAAAUAGUGCUACUUACAUUGGAUUCUCACUUAAUGUAUAAUCAACAUAGCUCGAUGCCUUGCUGUUUGUCAUAGUAGAUAUAUAACACGUACUUUUGGAUCAUAGAUUCUGAGAAUCAUCUGCGAAAUUGAGUGGAAUAUCUUCAACUUGUAAGCGCAGUCGGCGCGAAGUUGAAGGGGUUGGGCAGCAGGAGCAGCUGAACCCGGUACUGUACGUUAAAACUCUACGUAAUUAUUGGAUGCUAUAAUCUAUACACAGAUCUAUGCGAGACGUCUCCGGACUGUGUUAUUGAAGUGCGACCUCAUUUCCUCAGCUCAAUCAAGAAGGAAACGCAGUGGAAUAUACCGUUUUCAGGAAUAUUAUUUAUAACACAGGAUGCUGUUAAAACUGUACCGGUGAUAGUCUGAUUGUGAAUCUGAGGCAAACACUAAUAGAGGUGUAUAGCAUUUCAUCUUGUUGGAUUAAUACCCAGGUUUAUAUCAUUCUACAUCUAGCUGUUUUUCUUCAUACCUUUGGCUAUGCGGUGAACCAUCAAAAUGGUGGAUCCAGCAGCCGACAGUAAUCAGGUGAUCAGUGAGAUCACUGAUAAUCUGAUAUCAUUGAGAGUACAAGGCAAUCGUAAUCGAGGAAGAGGAAGCUCAUCAUCACAUUCUACUGAGAUCCGAGUCAAGUUUGAAUUCAAUGGCGAGAAGAGAAUAUUACAAAUCCCAAGACCACUCAAGUAUGAUGACAUACUGCUCAAAGCAAGGACAACAUUUGGGCAGCCAGUGGAUAUGUUCCUCACAAACCAUAAUACUACAUUCUCGUUACUAAUUCCAAUACGUGAUCAGACGGAUCUAAAUCAUGCAGUAGAGAUCACUGACAAUAACCCAAAUGCUAAGAGCCUCAGGCUUCAUCUAGAACUCGCUACACCAGGUUCAUCUUCUAAUAAUAAUGGCAGCUCUAAGAGAGAUCUCUACGACACUGCAAUCCGAAGCAGUAGUACCAUACCUCAGUCCAAGCACACAUCACCGUCUCGAUCACAAUCAGUACCCCAAGACCAUCAUGUCCAUACCAGUCAUGAUACGACACACAAACGAUACUCAACGCAGGAGAUGCCUACUAGAGAUAAUGCUAACCCAUCUCCACCUCCUGGCUAUGUACCUGCUAAUGCCAUGGUUGAUAUGGGUCAUCAGUCAAGACUUCAGACAUUCGGGGAGGGCACUUUCAUUCCAGAACCGCCAGAGGAGAGAAUAAUGGUGAGCCCCAAUGGAAGCCAACAGUCACUAGAUAAACUCAGGAUGGGAAGUCAUUCAUUAGGAAGUGCCACAGGAAAAAUGUUCAAGUCACAGAGUUGUGCGAACCAUGACGACUUUGAAAAUUCUCAAGUAGGUCGUGGUAUGAUCAAAGGAGGAACCUUCCCUUCGCGGCAGAGUGUCAAGCCUUCCAGAAUAGAUACAGAAGAUGGUCGUAAAACAUUUCCAAGUAGAGGCAAGAGGCCACCGUUGGCAUCGAUGCACGACGACCAGCACUCGAUAUCAGACUCCCUGUCAUCACUAGGGAGAAGCAGUAGUAGCGGGAUCAGUCCAGACUAUGAUACAGAUAGUAGCAUUCCAAGACGCUGGACUGAAGGUGACCUGGAGGGUCUGGCUGGAGGUCAUCCCAAAUCAUUCAAUCUAGCUGAUAAUACAAGAUCGCCCAGAGCCCCGACUAAUUGGCAGAGAGGAAAGCUGUUAGGACAAGGAGCGUUUGGGGUUGUAUAUGUUUGCUAUGAUGCUGAUACAGGCAGGGAGUUAGCAGUCAAACAGGUUCCUACUGAGAAUAGCAAUACUGAUGCUAGAAAAGAGGUGCAAUCGCUGAAGCAAGAGAUUGAGUUAUUGCGGAACCUACAGCACCCUAGGAUAGUGCAAUACUUUGGAUGUCUUGAAGAGAAUGGAACACUGUCCAUCUUCAUGGAGUUCAUGUCAGGGGGAUCGGUAAAAGAUGAACUUCGACUCUACGGUCCAUUGACAGACACGGUGACACGGAAGUAUACAAGACAGAUCUUAGAAGGGACAGCUUAUCUUCAUGAUCAUCAUAUAGUACACAGAGAUAUCAAAGGUGCCAAUGUAUUGAGAUCGAGUGGUAACGUGAAGCUAGCAGACUUUGGUGCCUCUACCAGGUUACAGACUAUACAUAGUCAUAUCACAGGCAUGAAGACAGUGACUGGUACCCCAUACUGGAUGAGCCCUGAGAUCAUCAACGGAGAGGGGUAUGGAAGGAGAGCCGAUGUGUGGAGUAUCGGUUGUACUGUAGUUGAAAUGUUGACCACCAAACCCCCCUGGGCGGACUACGAAGCUAUGGCAGCCAUCUUUAAGAUUGCUACGAAGGAGACCGAGCCUGUACUUCCACAAAGUGUGUCUCAAGACGCAAGAAACUUUCUCACCCUCUGCUUCAAAAAAAUCCUGGCCGACCGGCCCUCGGCCGCUGAACUCUUACGGCACAAUUUUGUAAGGACUGCCCCCAUGGAUUGACAUAGAGGGCGCUGUAUAGAAACUGAAACGGUGAAGAAACACAUAGCGUGGACUAUUAGAGUGUUUAACGGUGUGUACUGUGUAUGGGGAAGCUGCAGCUAGAGAAGGAAGGUGAUGAGAAUGGCUCAGGAUAGCAAACCUACGCCAAGCCAAGCAUGAAUAGCCUGGCUUUCAGAUAUCCAUCGGUUGGUCGGAGCAGCUUUAUGAUAUCUAUCGGAGCAGCUUUAUGGUACUAAUCAAUCGCAAACAAGGAGGAAAACAAUGGCUGUCAUAGGACAAGGUGUCUGCCGGCAUACAGUCAAGCUUCAACCAUCAUUGUAAACACUGAUUAUCAACUCAACUAGUCGAUUGAUGUCAUCCCUAGAUUGUUAUCGUUCUUACUCUCCUUACCUUCAAUAUUUGAUAGUCAUCCUUUUAUCAUGUUAUGUAAACAGCAUUUCAUCUGAUGCAAGCUCUGAUGAGGAAUAGUGAAACCUGUCAUUAUUACAUCUUCUUUCAUUUGUGGAUAAAAUAACAUCUCCUUUUUUUCUUCUUUUGGGCUCAGUUUUGUUACUAACAUAUCUUAUGCUAUGGGGGGAAUAUGAAUAGAAUACUUGUAUACCUGUACUGAUAGUUAUUCACCCUGUGCUAUCUUAGCUUAUCAAAAAACUUCUAUAAAAGGCUUUGUUCGCUUAUUAAGUGGUAAACUGCUUCAAAAGAGCAAAACUGUUAUGAUUUUAUACAUAAAUAAAUAACAAGUCAAGUGGGGGCAAAAGAAAGAAAAAAGGUAACAAAUCCAGGGGAAAAUAAAGACAUGCAUAAUCACUAGACUGUGUGGAUUGAGAUUUGUAAUAUUCACCAUUCUUACUGGUAUUUCAUGUGAUGUUACUGUGACUUUAAAAAAAAAUGUAGUAUGCAUGUAUACUACAUCAUGUGUUUCAUUAAGUAGGAGGCAAAGUUUCAUCUAAAUACUAUUUAAAACUCUGAACUAAAUUAUCAUGACAGGGUUGAUGUGAACUCUUCAUUUACACAGUUUGAAAUAUUGUGAUGCAGUCUUAAGGUACAUUCUAAUGCUCACAUUAAUGACUUCCAUACAUCAUUACAUUCAUGUGAUGUUUAUGUAGGAAAGAUUACUUCGCACAACAUUUACCACAUAUUUUGAUCGAUUAGAAAAAUGGGAGAAUAUUCAUAAGACGUGUUGCCAGUGGUAUAUACAUGUUAUGAAGUUGAGGUGUGUCUCAUAAGUCAUUGCUCAGAAAACCAUUAAAUUGCUUUCUAUAUGCACUACCAUGCAUUCUGCCAUUUCAACGGAGUCACAAUGUACAAUGCAUAACAGCUUAGAAGCAAUCUUGAGCAAGAGUUUAUGAUGCAUGCAAAUGGCUGAUAAAACCUUAUAUCUUCUAACCUUUCUCUUCUAACCCAUAAAACUCUGUUCAAUAUGUCACAUACCAGCCCAAGGUACACAAAUAAUGAAUUUUUAGAGUAUGAAUAUUGUAGAAUGUUACACGAAGUAAUCUACACUGUUUAUAUGAUUUAAGGAUGAAAUUGAAAGGUGCAAAUAUAAGUUCAAUAAUAUAGAUUUAUUUUCAAUGCAUUAGAUCAUGCUGCAAAGGUUUUUACUUCUCUUUCUUCGUGUCUAUUUGUGAGGGAAUAACAUUAACUUGGCAUUAAAAUUGUGAAUGAAGUAGCAUAUAGCCUAUUAGGACACAUUGUUAUACAUAGAGCACAUUGUUAUUUUUUAUGCGCAUAGAACAAGGGUCUUAUAUCUCUCAAUAUGUGAUCGGAUAUAGUUGUGUGUGUGUCAAACUACUAUGAUACAUGUAUGUACAUUUUUGUACAUGUAUAUGUAUAUAACUGUGUAUGUGUAUAGAAUCCUGUACUAUACGUUUAUAUAUAGAUAUAACAAAUAUAUAUGCAUACACUUUAAACAAAAGUAUGAUUGAGUAUAACAUAUAACAUAUGUGCCUAUGUGCAU